AUGGCUUCUUUCAGUUACCCGCCUCAAGAAAACCUUCGAGCUGCUCAAAUCCAAGGAAUUAGCAGAAGAAUGGUGGGAAUUGUACGGAUCGUAUCAAAGCUUCCUUUUUCCAGGAGAAGGUUCAUGCAUUUGGUUUUUGGCACUAAUAACGUAUUGGUUAGAAAAACAAGGCUUGAAUCGAACUGGUUCCAUGAGUUCCGGAAAUUGCAGCCCUGUUCGACACUCAAUCGCUGCGACUUCUUUCAGCGACAAGAAAUUACAACAUCGAUGAAGAUGAGUGACUCAGAGGAAAGACCUUGCAUUGAAGAGGGCAGAAGUUGUAUAAAAGAAAGCACAAAAGUUGCUAGGUAG